AUGGAGCAAACCAAAGCGUUGAAUGCACUCGAGCCGUUCAUCGCCCUCUCCAAAUCGGCCAGCUCGCCCCGCGCCGCCGCCGACCUCAUCUCACGAGCGACCUCGGCACCCAACACCUACAUCUUCGCCGAACUGUUACAGUCCCCCGCCCUCCAGACCCUCGCGGCCGCGCACCCGACCGACCUCGCGCCGCACCUCGCCCUCCUCCGCCUCUUUUCCUACGGCUCCUACGCCGAGUAUGAGACCACACCCGGCCUGCCACCGCUCAACGAUGCGCAGCGGCUCAAGCUGCGGCAGCUGAGCCUGCUGUCCCUCGCCGCCUCGGGCCGCCGCGCGGAUCUGAGCUACGCUGACCUCCUGCGCACCCUGCGGCUCGACGCCCCGCGGGAGCUGGAAGUGCUCGUCACCACGGCCAUUUACGCCGGGCUGCUCGACGCCAAGCUCGAUCCGGCCCGGCAGCGCGUGCAGGUCACGCGCGUCGCGCCCCUGCGGGACCUACGGCCCGACGAGGACGUGCCGCGCAUGCGCGCCGCGCUGCACGCCUGGUCGGACCGCUGCGCCGCCAUCAUCGACGACGUGGAGAGGCACACGGAACAGGUACGACAAGGGGCCGCCGCGCGGGCUGUGGCGGAGAACGUGGCGGCGAACAAGAUGGCCAGGGCCGUGACCGACUUUCGCGAGAUGGAGAAAAAGAGCGGCGGGAAGGAACCGAUGCCCCGCCGCGCGGGCACCGGCAAGAGAGUGAUGCUGGAGACGCCGGUCAAGAGCAAGACGGACGAGGACAUGGAUGUGGAUGGCCCAUUUUCGGGCGAGGACGGCAAAAAAAGGGCCGGCAAGAGGAAGAUGUAA